AUGCCUCCGCGACGUGGAGAGAGCAUCGAGCGCAACGAGGCACACGAAGAUUUCAUCAAGAAGGUGGCCGAGUACCACGAGAAGCGUGGAACCAACUUCGAUCCCGAGCCCAAAGUCGGCGUGCGCCAUAUCGACCUCCUCAAACUCUACGAGCGCGUCGUGGGAGAAGGCGGAUAUGACUUGGUGUCGGACACGAAAGCGAAGCCGCUGAUGUGGCGGAGGUUCGCUGAAGAGUUCGUCGGCAAGAACCAGUACACUGCUGCCCAGGCAUUCCAGAUCAAGAACGUCUACUACAAAAACCUCUGCGCAUAUGAGAUCGCAACGCACUGGGAGAAAGAGCCGCCGCCAAAAGAGAUCCUGGAGGAAGUCACGGCCAAAGGAGGUGGUGUCAUGACAAGAACGCUCGAAAACUUCGAACGACCGGCGCCGCGAGAGCAAGUCAACCUCGACAACGAGGACUCCAGCGACACAAGCCCCCAGCAACAGCAGACUCCCAAGGAGGAGAAAGUAGAUGAGGACCCAAGCAGCGCUUCUGGUCGCACACGGGGUCUGAGACAGCAACCACCGCAGCGCAUGCUCUUCCAGCCAGACUUGACUGCUGGGCGGCAGACGCGAGGCCAAAUGCAGCAGACGACUCCCGGAUCACCUGCCCCUCAAGGAUCUUCGGCCAACGGCGCCAUGAACACUCCCUCUUUCAGCAAUGGUGCUUCCUCCACCCUUGCCGCCUACGAGCCGUCUCAGUCGUACCCACUAUCUCUCAAGCCCGUGACUACGCCUGCCAACAACCCGGAGUUCUACCGACAGGAGAAGAAGAGAAAGCUGGACGCGAAAGCCGGGCCGCUGUCGAGGAAGUAUAGACACAUCAUGCUGCCUGGCACUGGCUUCAUUGGACCGAACAUCUAUGUGCGUGCACAGCUGGCGCUCCAAAGCGGCAUUCCUGAAGAAGAGCAGUACGCCCUGCAUCAUCUGGUCAAGAUCAGCCAUGAACGUGGCGACAAGUACCGCUUCGAUCAGUUCCCGGGUUUGGCGGAAGCACUGGUGAAGAAGGUGUUGCAGGUUAGCAGCUUGUUCUACGAUGUGGACUGGGAUGUCUCAUAUGACGAGGAGAUGAGUGGCCCUGAUGAUGAAGUUCUCAACGGCCUGUAUGGCACCUCAGACGCCAUUCAAAAGCUCAGGUCUCGCAUCAGGAAGACUACCAACGACCACAUGCACGAUGAAGCUUUCCUGUCCCAGCUAAACCGGAUCUCAGAGGCUGGGUUAAUCAUCCGCAACAUGUGCAUGCUCAACGAGAAUGCGCAAUACCUUUCAGCACAUCCGCUUAUUCGAGACUACCUGGCGAUCGUAUUGGACCUACCACAGCACUCACACAUCAUAGAGCUGCGACACUAUGCUUUGGAGACAGCUGAGCAGGUUUUGAAGUACUGUGAUCUGGGGCCGGACGACGCUCUCUACCACAGCUUACUGGAUCAGUUGUGGGGACAAGAUCGCGGCGCCAUCACGUUGGCAUUGCGCACUAUCAGCAGGAUCGCCAUGCACUUGGAACCGCCGAAGCGUCUCGAAGAUGUACCUGACGAUCUCCUCCAGAGAGUGCAGGACUGGCUGUUGGUGGAGGACGAAGAGCUCCGCAGUGCCUGCCUCGACUUCUUCAUACAGUACACCUCUUUUGCGGACAACGUCGACAACCUGCUACAAGCCGUGGAUUCCGAAGGUUUUGCUCGUCAAUUGAGCCGGCUGCUAUUCUUUGCGGCAAAAGAAAACAAGUCGGGACCAACCGCACCGAAGCCAAGACAAGAUGACACUCCAGACCCUGUCCCCCGCCUAUCACGACCAGUGGUGGAGACGCUGCUGAAGCUGGAUGAACCGGAGCGCUCGUCGGAAUGGUUGCGGAUGUGUUUCGUCUCCGAUCCAAACACCGAGAUGACGCAGAUCUCGCUGUGGCAGGCAUAUCAAGCCACCUUCGCGCCAUACCAGGCCACCCACACGCAUCUGGUCGCUGGUGAUUUCAUUAAGAACGUAAGCACCACCUUCACCGGUGCGACUGCCCAGGUGUCGACGGGCAGGAAGUAUGUCAUCACCGGCAUCAAGGCUCGGAAGGUCCCUCUCGACUCUGGGGCCACGCCUGGGUCGAGACCCACAGACAAAGGAAAGGAGUUGUUGAAGUGUUGUUGGACGGUACAGAUCAGGACCGAGGGGCAGAGAGAUCCGCUCACUGGUAUCCAGCCUGCGCCGACAUUCCAUGACGGGCCAUGUGCUGAGUGGUUCCGUACGGAGCAGGACAUCUUGAGACACAUACUAGAUGUCCAUUUACGGCUACCGAGGAAGCGUCGCAGUCCUGAUGCUGAAGAUCGGAAAGUCGACAAGAUGGAGCUUGACUCGCCGGCAUCACGACCCCCGACCGCCAGUGGCAACCGCACGCCCAAUGGAACCUCGCGCACCACCUUUGCCGGAGACCUCGACUUCCAAGAAGCAGAUGCAACAAUGCACAGGUGCAGAUGGGCUGGCUGCACGCGCACGUCCACUGACUUCGCCGCCUCAAAGGCUCCGCGCACCGUCUUCUUCGUCCGCCACGUUCACACUCACCUCCCAAACAGCGAACACUCCGCGACAUCGAAGCACAACGUGAGGUCCGAAACCAAACCCGUGCCACCACAGCCUGAGUUCACGAAAGUCACCACUCUACAAGACGACAUCGGUCAUGCUGCAGGCGUACCCUUGAGCGCUGCCUUGGUGCUACGGAACAUUGCAAAGUUCUUCCCGAAGCCGGAAGCCAUUGCAACGGACGCCAUCACGGGUAUUGUGGGUGGCAAGAAGGAAGCAGAGGUCGAGCCGAAGGAAGACGAUCUGCUGCAUCGGGUAUUCGAUGACGAGGUCGAGGACAGGUUAUUUCUGGCGAUGGCACAGAAUGAGAAGAUGAAGGAGCUGGUGGGUACGAUACUGUGGGCUGUCAAGGCGAAGGAGUGA